AUGCCGAAGAUGAAGAAGUUUGCCUUUGCAUCAGCGGAGAAAAGAUCUACAUACAAUUCCAUAUGUGUCGCCAGCAGCACUGGCGAUUUCAACCAGGAAAAACGUCUUAAAAAGAAACUGCGUCGUCAACUGCAACAAGACUGCGAUAACGAGUGGACUUCGAGAACAAAGGAGUUUGAAAAGGCGUGGGAGGGCAAGAACCUGUGGAAAGCCUAUGCUUUAAUAAAAAAAAAGUAUAGCGGCAAGAUGAAAAGAUGUUCUUCAGUCCUCAACACUGCCAAAGAGGUGGCUGGCUGUAAAACAACCCUUCCGAUUUGGAGAGAUCACUCCAAGACGUUGACGUCACUCCGGCAAGCGCCGUCAGCUCCUGAACUCGAGCACGUUCAUAGGCUGAAAUACGCGAUUAACGAGGAACCACCGACAGAGUCGGAGGUUCUGGUAGGUAUCCAGAAGACGAAAAUGGAAAAUCUGGUAGAGAUGACGGGCUUAGCGUAG